UCAAAGAUCACUGUAAUCACACGUACAGUGAUCUUUGAGCUUCCUUUUAUUUUCAUUUGCACAAAAAGAAGAAAAAGAAAUACAGCAGAUUUGGAUUCGACAAUGAAGAUAAUCAAUAUCUUGAAUGUUCUCUUUUUUACUCUUCUCUCAGCAGGGAUGUGUGAAAGACGUCAUACAGUUUACAAGCUGAAAAUGGAUGAGGCAUUGCUAAUAUUCCAUAAUGAACUUCCAUACAACAUUAGUGUUUACUACACCUCAGAUUACUGUUAUAAGUGUCUUUAUCAGCCCCUUGCCACAGUUGGGAAUGGUCUUAAUAUUUCUGUGGUGGUGAGCACACAAUUCACUCUGACUCUGAGAAUCGCACCUGUGGAUGGAAACAGCACUCUGUGCGGUCUGAGUCAGACAUUUGGGGAAGCUGGCCAUUAUUCUCUCUGGAUGAGGCAGCCUAGCUUGCUAAAUGAUGUAACCUGUUCUCUCACUGUGGAUAGGAGACCGAAUAAUGCAUACCUGCCGCUGUUGGCGGCAUUCUUGGUUCUGGCUUCUGUCGCUGUAUUUUGGGCCUCUUUGCCUUGUAUACUCAGAUGCAGCUGUACACAGAGGCUAAAGAAUCGAAUCUGCUGUCACAGGUCUCAAAACUCCAUGGAAAUGGAGGAGGCAAAUAAUGAACAUUGUGUGGACAAAAGCAAAACAAAGUCAUCCAGAUUGAAGUCACUGGACACAUUUCGAGGAUUCUCCCUGACGGUCAUGGUAUUUGUGAACUAUGGAGGAGGUGGUUACUGGUUCUUCCAACAUGCACCAUGGAAUGGUCUCACAGUAGCUGAUCUUGUGAUGCCUUGGUUUGUGUUCAUCAUGGGUACUUCUGUAGUGCUAGCAUUCAACUCGAUGCAUAGAAAAGGUGUUUCAUGGCUACAGCUUCUUCGCAAGGUUACUUGGAGAACCAUCGUCCUGAUACUCAUCGGGUUCUGCUUCAUGAACUACAGCCCAAGAGAUGGAUUUUUAUCCUGGUCCUGGCUACGGAUACCCGGAGUGCUCCAGCGUUUGGGUUUCACCUAUUUUGUUCUGGCAGUGAUGCAGACUUUCUCUCCCCACAAAGAGAUUCCCUUGAUGGAGCAUAAAUGGUGGAACCCCAUUCAAGAUGUGGUUUUAUACUGGCCAGAAUGGCUCAUCAUUGUGUUGCUGGAGACCAUGUGGCUGUGUCUCACUUUCUUACUACCUGUUCCAAAUUGCCCCACCGGAUAUUUAGGAGCUGGUGGUAUUGGAGAUGAUGGUUUAUACCCCAAUUGCACAGGAGGAGCAGCCGCGUAUAUAGACCGGUGGUUAUUUAGAGACAAUAUCUUCUGGUAUCCAACAUGCAAGGUCUUGUAUCAUACAACAGAGCCCUUCGAUCCCGAGGGUGUUCUGGGUACAAUCAAUUCCAUAGUCAUGGGAUUCUUUGGUAUGCAGGCUGGAAAGAUUCUUCUGUUUUUUCGUAAAAUGAAUAAAAGUAUCCUGACACGAUUCCUGAUUUGGGCCCUCAUCCUGGGAAUCUCUGCAGCCAUCCUUUCUAAGUGCACAAGAGACGAAGGAUUUAUACCUGUCAAUAAAAACCUUUGGUCCCUGUCAUUUGUGACCUGCAUGGGCUGCUUGUCCUUUUUGCUGCUGGGUGUGAUGUAUUUUGUCAUGGACGUUAAGGAAUGGUGGGGCGGCCAACCUUUCAUUUAUCCCGGGAUGAACUCCAUAUUUGUCUAUGUUAGCCACUCUCUGCUGGGCUUUUACUUCCCCUUCAGCUGGGAGAUGCAUUUCCAGGACAGUCACUGGGAGAAGCUUUUCCAGAACAUAUGGGGUUCACUUGGACUGUAUUUUCCUCAAAGGGUGUACAUUGAGAGCAUCUACGUGGGUCAGCCGCAGGGAUCACCAGUGCUUCAGGUCCAUUCAAUGCUGGAAAGCUCUACAGAGAGGCCCUAUUUCUUCCUGUGCUCCCACAGAGACACUUAUGCAUCAUGGUUUCACAUGGAUGAGGCAUCUGGGGUCCUUUCAAUGAACAAAACCCUGGAGUGGAGCGACUUCAGUAGUAUACGUAGCAGCUCGGGCAGGUCCAAGAAGGAUCUCAACCUGAAGGUCGGAGUCUCGUCAGUGCCCCUGCAGAAAGUGAUGUGCACGUUCCUUCCCACAGUGGAGGUCAAACUGGUGUUCAUUAAUGACACAGCGCCCUCCUGUGGUCAGGUCGAUCUGAGCACGUUGUGCUACCCUGAUAAGGUUUCAAACCCCCACAUCACAGAGAACCGUAUGGCAGGGGCCUUGCGGCAGCUCCGGCGCUAUACACGCAUGAGCAUUUGCCCCAACUACACCAUCACUUAUGGAGUGGAAGCAGAAUCUCCAGUUCCAUUUGCGGUCGACAGCUCCACUUCAGAACUGGUGGUCACUGCACCUGUGGACCGUGAGGAGAAGGAAGUGUACCAUCUGGAUAUUGUGUGUAUGGUACAGACAGAAGAAGAGGUGUGGAAGUACUUUACUUCUCUGCACUUGAACAUCUAUGAUGAGGAUGAUAAUCCUCCUUACGUGAAUGGGACUGACAGUGAGGACAUCAUAAUAGAAUUCAACCGCAGCGAGGGUACUGUCUAUGGAACUCUGUUUGUAUAUGACAGGGACACAACGCCUGUUUAUCCCACAAACCAAAUUCAAAACAAAUUGGUGGGCACCUUAAUGACGAAUGACUCCUGGAUCAGAAACACUUUUACUAUUGAACACAAAUUUAGGGAAGAAAGGGCCAUUUUUGGCAAUGUCCGUGGGACGGUUCAUGAAUACAAGCUAAAACUCAGUCAGAAUCUGUCUGUGACGGAGCAACGUUCAUUUCAGUUGGACUACCUGGUCAAUGACACCACUUUUCCGGGCCCCGAGGGAACAGUGCUGUUACAUUUCAAUGUGACUAUCCUGUCGGUUCCUAUUCGCUUCUCCAAUAUCACCUACUUCUUCACUGUCUCAAAGAAAGCAACGACAUACUCCCAGAUUGGAGAAGUAUGUGUGGACAACUGUCUGAAGUUUAAGGGCAUUGAUGUCACAUAUCAGUUAGAGAUCGCAGACAGGAACAUCUCUGCUGAUGCUCAGUCGUGUUACAUGGCAGUUAGCCUUGCACAGAACCCAAAUGAAAAGACCGGUGUGCUCUAUGUGAAUGACACUGAGGUGUUACGCAGACCAGAGUGCCAAGAGCUGCAGUACGUGGUUAUUGCUCAGGAGCAGCAGAACAAGUUUCAGCCCAAGACUCAGCUCGUCAUCAUUUUUGAGGGUGAAGCAGAUCUCAUGAGGAUGGAUGAGCUGCGGGUUUUGGCUUGUGCAGAGAAGAGGCAGCGAGGGGAGUGUGAGGCGUCUCGAGGCCUGGGAGCCCCUACAGGCAGAUGCCAGUGGAGACAAGGCAAAGAUAAAGGAAUAUCUAAAAAAUACUCCACCUGUUCCCCUGACCUCCGUACGUGUCCAGAUGGUUACUGUGAUGCCAUUGAGAGCAAAAACAUAUCCAUAUGUCCUCAGGAUUGCUCCAGUCAGCCCAUAAUUGGGGGUUACGAGAGGGACCUGUAUGGAAUCAAAGCUGGACAUGGGACCUGCUACUGUUUUUCAGGAAAGUGCUUCUGUGAAAAGGAUGAAUCGGAAGAAGCUAUUUGUGAUGACAUGUGCAAGACCGUCAUUGCAACUGGUGUCCUCCUAUCCUUCAUUGUCUCCAUCCUCCUGUCCUCGUACUUUAUCCACCGUUAUCACAAGAGCACACCUAAGCCGCCCAUCGCCUCAGCUGAAAUGACGUUCCGCCGGCCGGCCCAGUCCUACCCAAUCAGUUACUCAGCCAAUAACGUUCGUCGAGCUUCUCUCGAUUCCAUGGAGAAUCAAGUGGCCAUUGACACCUUCAAAAUACCCGAAGAUCCAAAGUGGGAGUUCCCACGAAAAAACCUAGUGCUGGGUAAGACUCUUGGAGAGGGAGAGUUUGGAAAGGUUGUGAAGGCCACAGCUUUCCGGCUCAAAGGAAAAGCUGGAUACACUACAGUUGCUGUAAAGAUGUUAAAAGAAAAUGCAUCUCACAGUGAGCUUCGAGACCUCCUGUCAGAGUUCACAUUGCUCAAGCAGGUUAAUCACCCUCAUGUAAUAAAAAUGUAUGGAGCUUGCAGCCAGGAUGGUCCAUUACAUUUAAUUGUUGAAUACGCCAAGUACGGCUCACUGCGGAACUUCCUGAGAGAGAGCCGGAAAGUUGGACCAAGCUACAUGAGCAAUGAUGCCAACCGCAACUCAAGCUACUUGGAAAACCCAGAUGAGAGAGCUCUGACUAUGGGUGACCUCAUCUCCUUUGCAUGGCAGAUCUCCAGAGGAAUGCAAUACCUGGCUGAAAUGAAGCUUGUGCACAGAGACCUUGCUGCCAGGAAUGUGCUAGUGGCAGAGGGAAGGAAGAUGAAAAUAUCGGACUUUGGUUUAUCUCGAGAUGUCUAUGAGGAAGAUUCAUAUGUGAAGAGGAGCAAGGGUCGUAUUCCUGUCAAAUGGAUGGCUAUAGAGUCUUUGUUCGAUCACAUCUACACCACACAAAGCGAUGUCUGGUCUUUUGGUGUCCUCUUAUGGGAGAUUGUGACUCUGGGUGGAAACCCCUACCCAGGCAUUGCUCCGGAACGGCUUUUCAACCUUCUGAAGACAGGCUACAGGAUGGAGAAACCGGAGAACUGCACAGAUGAAAUGUACAAUCUGAUGCUUCGUUGUUGGAAACAAGAGGCAGAUAAGCGCCCCACUUUCUCAGACAUCAGCAAAGAACUUGAGAAGAUGAUGGUGAAAAGCCGAGACUAUCUGGAUCUCGCGGCUUCCACACCAGCAGACGCCCUGCUAUAUGACGACUCCCUCUCUGAAGAGGACACACCCUUAGUGGACUGUAGUAACGCCCCUCUCCCUCGAACCCUCCCCUCCACUUGGAUUGAAAACAAGCUCUAUGGCAUGUCAUACCCGAACUGGCCAGAGAAGAGCCCGGUACCUCUCAACAGACUUGAUGCCACUAACCCUGUCUUUACAAGAUAUGCCAAUGAUAGUGUUUAUGCAAACUGGAUGGCUUUGCAUUCUCCCGCAAAAAUUGUGGACACGCUCGAUAGUUAAAAACGCAAACCAAAAUCAUUGGUGGAAAAGACGUGGGGGGUGGGGAGAUGUGUAUAUUUAUAUGAUACUGUAUAUAUGUUGUAUGAUGAUAAAGUCGGUUCCCUUUUAUUUCUGCUGUUGUGUUGAAGAUGGGAGGGUGGUAAAAGAUUUCAAAUUGGCUGGAAUUGCAUAAAACAUGCUUCAAGCAGCUCAUAGGCGAUUGUUACCACAAGGCCCUGUUGGCCAUGUUGUGUCACUGCAUGACUCUGUACAGUUUAAUGUCCAUGUUUAAGUGCCUGUGCCGCUUCUGUUAGAGAACACCAGUUAUAAAUGCAUGGCCGAGACAAUCUUGGUCCCACUCCAGGAAUUAAAGGGAGCUUCUUUACCAUCACCAACUGCAGAUGUUUGCCUCAAAGACUGGACAUGGGAUGGGAUGGGAUGG